AUGGUCUCGACGAAACUCAAUACAAAUGCUGCGCGCAGUCUGGCGCGAUCCCAACGAUCUAGAAUCACACAGGCAAGGUCUCGUGUACAGCUCUACAACCCCCGACACCAUAUUCACAAUUACUCUGCUACUCAUCGAGCAUGGAAAAGGCCAUCUGCGGCAAUCUUCGCCGUCGUCGCAUCCAUUGCUCUUGUCUAUAGUGCUUCACAACCGAAGCAUAUCCAAGCCGAAGCCCCAGCGCAGGAACCUCCAGAACUCGUGAUUGAAAAGUUGAAGAAGAAAAAGGGAGCGUCCAAAGAGGAAAUCCGAGACUUAAUCAGCUCACAGCAUCUGCAAGUCAAGAAGAGUUGGGAGAACCCAGGAGUCUAUGCUUGGGGUUCAAACACCGGCAGAGUCGUGGCACCGGACUCAGACGAAGCCUACGUCAAAAUCCCGCGGAGGAUACCCUUCUUCGACGAUGUCUUGUUGCGAGAUCUUAAACUAGAUCGAGACUUUGGCGCAGCUGUCCUCGAGAACGGGGAUCUCGUUCAGUGGGGCAAAGGAUACUCAGAGGAUAACGUCCAGCCCACAGUUACGUUGAAGGGCAAGAAUCUCAGCUCUAUUGUGUUAUCAAGAGACCGCAUCAUCGGACUCGGCAAGAAUGGCAUCGUGUACUCCGUUCCAGUCUCGAAAUUAGACCAAGAAAUUGGAAAGAAAAUGAGUGAGAGGUCAUGGAUCCCGUUCUGGACGACUACCUCCGACAUUGCGUACAGAAAAUUGACACCCAAAGGCCUCGGUGCUCUUGAGAAGGUGACAGCCAUCUCUGGUGGUCUUGAGCACGUCCUGCUGCUCACAAAUUCCGGGCGUGUAUUCUCUGCCGCUUCUGGUACCGAAGACUUCCCUAGUCGUGGUCAGCUCGGUGUUCCGGGGUUGACUUGGCUCACCCGACCCGAAGGCGCUUACGAUAUGUGCCAUGAGUUGACAACGCUUAAGGGGUUUGAUAUCACAAAGCUGGCCUCGGGCGACACGCAUUCUCUGGUGCUUGACAAAGAAGGCCGUGUAUUUGCUUUUGGCGACAACUCCUCUGGACAGUUGGGCUUCGACUACAACCCGGAAGCGCCUUACAUUGACACCCCUUCUCUCCUCCCCAUCUCCAAAUAUUACCAGGGCACGAAUCAGGUUCCAAAAGUGACUUCCAUCUCGGCAGGGGGACGGAACAGCUUUUUCACCAUUGACGCAACCCGUGUGGUUGGCCCGUCUGAGGACCCCAGCGAGGUCCGCAACUUGGGUCGCGUCACAAGCGACACGUGGUCUUGCGGCACAGGCAUCAGAGGCGCACUGGGCAACGGCAGAUGGACGCAUAUCCAAGACGGUUUAACCAAAGUACCCGCCCUGAGUGGUCUCUUUGAAUACGACGAGAGAACCAACUCCGUCAUCCCUAUCCGGAUGGCUCAGAUAAGUGUAGGGGCGACGCAUGUCUCGGCAGUCAUGGACAACGUAACGUACCUUGAUGCCAGUGAUAAGAGCAGCGAGAACGACACGAACUGGGGCGCGGACGUGUUGUGGUGGGGUGGGAAUGAAUUCUAUCAGCUCGGUACGGGCAAGAGAAACAAUGUGCCCAACCCAAUUUACAUCAAGCCCUUGGACUCGGCUGCCGAGAUUCAAGCCGGGCGUAAGGAAGAACAUCGGUUUCAUCUCACGCCGAAGCAUUCGGUGCAAGUAAAGGGACGAAAAGUACAACUGGAACAACGUGUUGAAUGUGGAAGGAAUGUCACUGCUGUGUACAGUGGUGUAUGA